UAACUCCAUCCAAGAAGAUCUCUCGCAAGCGAGAAACCAGCCAAUAGAGAGGACACAUUUGCAUGUGAAGCAACAAGAACAACUCUCGCUCCUUGCUUGCUCAUACAACGGUAUCCAUACCUGCAUCCAUCAACCAGCUAGCUAGAUAGAUAGAUAUUCCAAGAUGUCGUCAGGUCAAGUAGAUAUAGUCAAACAGUGCAUUGGAGACACGGUGAAUAUCCAGGAAAAUGCUGCCGACUUUAGUGUCUUUCGUCCUGUCUUGAGGCAUCAAGAACGAACCAAUGGUCACCACCACAACGGCAAUUCUGGCACCCAGUACCUCUACAUGACGCCUGAAUCAGAUCGACAAUCAGGAACGGAUGAGGAGUGUAGGAAACAGGGUGGAAUGGCCGUCACGUUUUCCACCACAACGGCUGUUCACGAUGAUGAUCCCGUAUUAAGGUGCCACAGAACGGGAGGACACAGCAACCAUGCCAGCGUCUUGGUGUCCCUGAACAGUGUCUUUGAUUGCUUUGCUGCUUCAGAGGCUUGUGAAGAGGUAUCUAUGGAUCCCAACAUGGCAGCGGCAGUCUUUUUGGGGGUGUCCUAUGAGUGGCAGUGCUCGGUAGUACCAGCCUCUCCAGAAAUGGAUCUCCCAUUGCUAGAACCUCCCAGUCCAGCCGAAGCCGAUUUUGAUGCGAAGCUCUACCAGGAAAUUGAAUUGUGCAGGAGUCAAACGGAAAAUUUUCGAAUCAGCGCGGCAGCUAUUUUGGAACAGGCCAGUCUGGAAUAUACCGCUCAUUUAGAGACCAUCAAACCAGAAGUACACGAAGAACCCCAGAUUACAACCGUGCAAUUCCCCGAUCCUUCUGUGCAGACAUACACUCCCGUUUGCGAACAAGCCGGGGGUCAAAUGGUGGGGGUAGACAGUGUCAUUUUGGAAUGUACGCAGAUCCGAAGUGGCAAGGUUAGCAUCACACAUUACCGAAACUACUUUUUGUGCCAACCCCAAUCAUCAACUUCAUCCUGCACGCCCGAAUUGAUGCCAUGUGAUUUACGACACAAGGGAGAACUUUUUCAAUCAUCUUGCACUAUUCGAUCGGGAGAUGAUAGCCACCAAUGCACGUACACAGGUAGUAGUGCCGACGAGGAAGAAGUGAAGGAGGAAGAACCAACACACACGACCAGUAGCGAAGCAGAACCCGCAGAACCCACGGAAGCAGUCAGCGAAAGUGAGACUGAAGAACCCCCCGAAACAACAGAGCAAGAAUCAGAAGAAGCACCGCCACAAGACGAGUCAGAAAAAACACAAGGUUCGGAAGAGCCGUCUGAAGAGGUGGAACAACCGUCGGAAGAAUCAGAAGAGCCGGCGGAAGAAAGUGGGGCUGCGAGUGAGGCCGCAGAACCGACAGACAGCAAUCCAGAACCAACCGAAAGUAGUAGCAACAUUGAGGCGGAGGAACAGUCUGAACAAGAGUCUGAACCAGAAGAGGAAACUCCACCGGAUGUCGACUCACCAGAAUCUGCUGCGGCUGAAGCCGUCCCAUCACCAUCCAAAACAGAAUCCACGAGUGUUCCAGAGCUUCAAUCCGAGACAGAAACCCAAGAACAUCAUCAGGUGGAGGCGUUCAUGGGCGCCAUUGUGGUUUUGGUUCUGGUAGCGCUGUUGGCCUUGUAUUGCUGCAUUCGACGGUGUAAGCGCAAGCGACUGGCAAAGAACAUGUCGCGACGAGCUUACGAACUUACAGCGUUGGAUUUGGGAUCCAGCGAUCAUCGAGAUGACGAUGACAACCCGUACACUGACACCCGCGGCGGUUUGCCUUCGUUGACAUAGUACUGACACAGAACGGUUCGAUAAAAUGCCAAUCAUUUAUUUGUGACGGGGUAAGAUUCGUGAAAGCAUAAUCGUCACGUAGCCCACAACGAAUAGGCUUUAUUUUAGUUGUCAGGAAACACAACGUUGCCGAUGUCGAAACUGGCACCCGCAAAAGUUGGACACGAUCCCCCAUUGUUCCUCCAUGUUUGGUCGGGGACUUGGAACGAUGAAGGAAGACGUCGUUUCAAAGUACGAAAGCUCCUCCGGUGAAUGGAUGCUACGAUUCUACACAGUUCAACCGAAAGGUGCUAUUUGUUUUUGUAUAUGACUAUCGAAGUUUUUGUAAGUUAAAUGUUUCUAUUGUAAAUCCGGUGUGGUUGCAUUGCGGUUGUCAGGAAUAUCAGUUUUGUUUCUUGCGAGGGCUGAUGGCACCUUUGAAAGCUUGUAGUUAUCUCGAACCAGCUUUCGUUUCUGGAUGUCCUGAGAGUCAAUUGUGAAUUGAGCAUUCCAUAGAUCGUGCUGAAAACUGCGAGCCGUCAUAUACCAUCCAGUGGCCUGGAGCUCUAGAAACUGGAAGUGUUCCUUCAAGUAAUGGUCUUCUGCAAUCAGAUGCUGGUUCUUUAUCGUCGCACUCUCAAGCUCCACCUUCAAGCUCUCAGAAUCAUGGACGUUCUUGACAUCUGGAUGGGUAGCGAUCUGAAAGGCAUCUUGCGCUGCAUCUUGACUGGCGACGCCGCCACCUGUCUUGGAACGGUGAUCAUAAAUACCGGUAUUUGCAGGGCUAGAGGGAUCCCAAGGCCAUCGUCAUUGAGCGUAGUAUCGAGUUGGACUGGUGUCUCGAGAAGCGCAGUUGUCAUGGUUUCGGGGAUGACAGCAGGGCUAGAGGGAUCCGCAAGGCCAUCGUCAUUGAGCGUA